AUGCCUUCUCCCCAUCGCGAAAUGUCCCCCUCGUGGGCGCUGGUUCCGAGCCUUGACCACGCUCCCGAAGGCCUGAUUCGGGUGGGCAAUAUACUUGUGAAUCCUAGCGAGCCUCAUCGGCCGCUUACAAGGAUUCCGGCAGCUGACGAGGCGCAAGAGAACUCGCUAGCAAUUUGUGCAAGUGAUAUGCAGGGGUAUACACACGCUUAUGGUUCAUGGACUCGAAACCUAGCUUUCCCACCGGGAGAGGAGAUCCCCCCGUGGGCUCGUCCGCAUGAGGGAUCAGCGAUUUGGUGCACAAAUCUGGACAUUGAGGGUCUCCAGGACUGUUGCUUCUCCCCAAUAAUUCCCAGGGAGGAGACAGUCCAGGCCACCCUGAUGAGGGACCCUACUAUUCAAGCGCUGCUGGAGCAACAUGGCGGCCACUGUAAGCUGUAUCUAGUGAACGCUAUUAUGGUCGCCCAUGGGCUCUCUAUUAAGGGGAAACGGUAUCACUAUCCGGAGGAGGGUCGUCCUUGGGAUACUUUGGACAUCGCCAUUAUUAACCCUGGUCCGGUGAUUAUCGCCUACCAAGUGCUCGAGAUUGUAAUACACCCUGCACAAAGGGUUAUGCUCAACGUUCACCGCCCUGAUAUGCUCGACCCACACUUCUUUCCAGACACCUGGGCUAUGUUCGGACACAAAGUGCUUUCCCGGGAAACUGAGGCUGAGUAUAGGAGAAGACAAGAAGGUGAAGUUACAGCCCAGCGCGUUUUACCCUCCUCCUCCUCCUCCUCUUUCUGA